AGAUAAUUUACACUUUUUUUUGUAUUCGCUAUAACCCCAGAUUUUAUUUCUUUGUGUAUGCUGUUUAUUUUUCCAUAUACUAUAGAAUAAUUAAAUGGCGAAGACUAAUAUUUCAGUACUUCAGGAUCAGUUCAGCUGUUCAAUCUGUCUGGAUUUACUCAAGGAUCCGGUAGCUCUUCUCUGUGGACACAGUUUCUGUAUGGUGUGUAUUAAUGACUGCUGGGAUCAGGAGGAUCAGAAGGGAGUCUAUAGAUGUCCUCAGUGUAAAGAAACCUUCACCCCAAGACCUGUUGUGAGUAAAAACACUGUUCUUGCUGACGUUACAGAGAAACUAAAGGCAGAACUUCAAGCUUUGCAUCCUGCUCGCUGUUCAACUAUAACUGAAGAUGUGGAUUGUGAUUUCUGCACUGAGAGAAAAAACAAAGCCAUCAAGUCCUGUCUGGUGUGUCUGGCCUCUUUCUGUGAGACUCACCUCCAGCCUCACUAUGAAUCUCCUGCCUUCAAGAGGCACAAGCUGGUGGAAGCCUCCAGACGACUCCAGGAGCAGAUCUGCUCUCAGCAUGACAAACUGCUGGAGGUUUACUGUCGCACUGACCAGCAGUGUAUCUGCAUGUUGUGUACCAUGGAUCAACAUAAAGGACAUGAUACAGUAUCAGCUGCAGCAGGACGAGCUGAGAAACAGAAUCAACUCUUAAAGAUUCAGAGAAAAUGCAGAGAAAGAAUCUUGGAAAGAGAGAAGGAGCAUCAGGAGCUCACAGAAGCUGUAGAGUUGUAUGAGCGCUCUGCACAAAGAGUAGUGCAGGAGUCUGAGAUAAUCUUUAUUGAUCUGAUCAAAACUAUUGAGAGGAGACGCAGUGAGGUGACGGCGCUGAUCAGAGCUCAGGAGAAAGCUGCAGUGAGUCGAGCUGAAGAAGUGAUGAAGCGACUGGAGAAGGAGAUUGCAGAGCUAAAGAAGAGAAACGCUGAGCUGGAGGAGCUUUCACACACAGAUCCUAUCCAUUUCCUCCAGACUUUUGUGUCUCCCUUGGACCCUCCUGGAUCUUCAGACCUACACUCCAUCAGUCUCAGUCCUCUACUCUCUCUCGAUGAUGUAACUGCAUUUGUGUCUCAGCUAAGGGUCAAAGUGGAAAAUAUCUGCUACGAGGACCUCAGAAUGGUGUCAAAUGCAGUAAGAGAAACCCAGAUCAUUCAGCUUCCCCAACCUCACACCAGAGAAGACUUCCUACACUAUUCCUGUCCCUUCACUCUGGAUCUGAACACAGUAAACACACACCUCUGUCUGUCCAAGAGCAACACGGUGGUGACCUGCAGUGAAACAGCAGAACCUUAUUCUGCUCAUCCGGACAGGUUCGACUAUUAUCUCCAGGCGCUGUGUAGAGAGAGUGUGUGUGGACGCUGUUACUGGGAGGUGGAGUGGAGCGGACGUCAUGGCGUUUCUAUAGCAGUGUCAUAUAAAACCAUCAGCAGGAAAGGAAGGGGUAGUGAAUGUUUGUUUGGUCGAACUGAUCAGUCCUGGAGACUGUUUUGCUCUCCUUCCAGCUACUCGUUCAGACAUGUUAAAAAAGAAAUUCAAAUCCCAGUAACACCCAGCUGCUCUAGAAUAGGAGUGUAUGUGGAUCACAGGGCCGGAAGUCUGUCCUUCUACAGCGUCUCAGACACGAUGAAGCUCCUCCACAGAGUUCACACCACAUUCACUCAGCCUCUUUACCCCGGGUUUGUGGUUUGUCCUGGAUCCACAAUUAAACUGUAUUUAUCAGAUAUCUGAUGUAAAAUUUAGAAUUUAGCUUUCAUACAAAGACAAAGGACUUUUAUUCAUGUCUCAAGACGCAUGUGGUAUUGAAAACCUCCUCACUGGACAUACUGUAUAUUAUGUACAUGAGUGUGUUUUAGAGAGACUAUGUACUAUUUAUCUUUGAUCUGAUCUUUGGUUGGAGGUCUAGAAAAGGUGUUUUGGGAGCUUUAUUCUGUCUGUAAUCGGAUAAAAGACAGAAGUCUGAAUGUACAACCCCUUAAAUGAAUGUAGCUUUUAUAAACAUAGUCAUCUUUUCUGAAUGUGUGCAGGCUUUCAUCUUUUUUAAAGAAGAAAAACUUGUGACUAAGACACAUUGAAUGUUCAACUGAUUUUUUUUUUGCAUGCAUGCAGUAUGAUGUCCAUCCAAAACGUCCACAUGGAAGAUCUCUAUGAAUACAUGGUGUUUUAGGAUGGAGUGAAAGGUGUCCUACCCACAGAUUUUUGAUAAGUACAUAUAAGUGUGAUGAUUAGGUGUGCACAUACUGUACGUUUGACCAUGUGGUGGAAUUCUGGUAUGCUGUUAUUGUUGUUAUUCUUUCGGCUGCUUCCAUCUAGUGGUCGCCACAGCAGACCAUCUGAUCUCCAUCCACACCUUGGUACAGAUGCCAUUAAUGACAUACCCUUUCCAUUUUAUCCAGGCUUGGAAUUGACGCUGCAUCCAGUGGCUGGCAUUUGGGACCUGGGUGGGAAUUGAACACGGGCUUCCCACUUAACAGAUGAAAAACCAACCAGGGAGCCACUAAUGACCCUGGAAAUCUAAUACGCAAUAAAUUAAAAACAAGAUAGUUACUAAGAAAACUCAACUGUGAAAUAUUUAUUAUGUGGCAAAUUUAUUACACAAAGUCACAUAGACAUGCUUUGUACUGGGUAUGUUAAACUAAAAUGAUCUUUUCUGUUUGUCUGAGAAGCACUAAGUUUUAAGUGCUUAGUUACUAAACUGUUAAACACCAUCAAAUUAAAGAUUGAUUGAAAUGAUUGUCUACUGUUAUUCUGUUAAGUUUUAUUAGGAAAGUUGGAUUGCAACAUAAAGCUAAUAAGAUCCCAACACUGCAAAUCAAUAUUAAUAUAAAUUAUCUAUUAAACAGCUAAACAACAUAUUACUUAUUGCUGAUAAUGAAACACAGCCCAUGUAAAAGAAAGGAAAGCAUUACAGAUUCUAGUUCCGAUCAGUAAGUAACAU